AUGGGGCAGGCACAGCAGACAGAGAACAAUGAGGAGAUUGAUGUCAAAGCCCUUCAGGAUAUGUACAAAAGGUUUGUCUUAGAGUGCCCGAGCGGACUACUUUUUCUGCACGAGUUCAAGCGUUUCUUCGGCGUGGAUCCAACAGGGGAGGCGUCCGAGUAUGCAGAGAACAUGUUUCGAGCUUUUGACAAAAAUGGGGACAACACAAUAGAUUUUCUCGAGUUUGUGGCGGCGCUCAACCUUGUUUUCCGGGGCGACCUGGAGCACAAACUGCGCUGGUCGUUCAAGGUGUAUGACAAGGACAGCAACGGCUACGUGGACCGGGACGAGCUACGGUCAAUUAUAGAUAGCAUCUACCGGAUCAAGAAAGGCUCCAAGACGGACACGGAAGACUCGAAGCUGACGGUCGAUGAGGUCGUGGAUCGAAUAUUGGAGGCUGUCGACAGCGAUGGAGACGGUCACAUCACCAUGGACGAGUUCAUCAGAGGUGCACAGCAGGACCCCUGGGUGCUCAACAUGUUGAAGCUGGACAUGAACCCGGCCCGAUGGGUGAUAGAGCACCGGAGAAAGAGUGCGCACUUCUGA